CUCCGGGCCACUCAAUCGAUAAAGUCGACAACGAAGGGCGGAGAGAGCGAAGGGACACAAUGGCUCACCGGGGAAGGGGAAUCGACGACGACGAUGACGAGGAAGAAGACGACUUCGUCUACCGCUACCCGACCNGGCCCAUGGGCCCAAUCCAGUCUGGCUCGACCCAGUCGAGAUCGAAGGGGGGAUCGGGGGGGCUCGCCCCGUCGAAGUCGACGGUGUACGUGUCGAACCUCGACUACAGUCUCACCAACUCCGACCUCCACACCAUCUUCUCCACCUUCGGCAAGGUCGCCCGCGUCACCGUCCUCAAGGACCGCGCCUCGCGCCGCAGCCGCGGGGUCGCCUUCGUCCUCUUCGUCUCCCGCCGCGACGCCGCCGCAGCCGCCGCCGCCAUGCACGGCAAGGUCCUCAACGGCCGCACCCUCUCCGCCUCCAUCGCCUCCGACAACGGCCGCGCCGCCGAGUUCAUCCGCCGCCGCGUCUACCGCGACAAGUCCCGCUGCUACGAGUGCGGCGAGGGGGGCCACCUCUCCUACGAGUGCCCCCGCAACCAGCUCGGCGCCAGGGAGCGCCCCGCGCCCAAGCGGGGGCGGAGGGGGUCUCACGGGCGCGGCGGCGGCGGCGGCGGCGAAGGCGAAGGAGGAGAGGAUGGGGCGUCGUCGGAGGGCGGGGAGGGGGAGGAGGGCUUCGAGGACGACAAUUGGGCGUCGGUGGUGGACACGAGGGGAGCGGAUGAGAGGGCGAGGGGGAGGGAGGAGUUUGGGGAUGAUCAGGGGUUGGGGAAGAAGACGAAGAAGGAGAAGCGAGUUAGCUACUUCAGCGACGAAAGCGGCGAGGACGAUUAGAGGAUUAAGGAACAUGCAGGAAAUUGAAGAAGCUAAGAAGAGAUCAAAAGAAUACACGGUUGUCUCAGAUGGUGCAAUGGCUCUGUAAAACUUGAAGUUCCCUACCACUUAGCUAGUUUCAUUGAGACAGGGUUUUAAGCAACUUCUUGCUGUUCCUAAACACUGUUCUCUACCAAAAAAAGUUGAAGUAAUUUAGUUGUCUUUUCUCAAAGUAAA